CGUAUGGUUUCCAUGGACACUGUUGAGAGCAGCAAACUGUCAGUGGAAGUUUUGAAAUAAAAAAGAAACCAAAUAAAUACGUGUCAGAAUAUCACAGCCAGCUAUGGGGGUGUCACUGACCAGGGCAGCCCAGUGGACCACCACCAGUUCUGGUACUGGCAAACUGGAGCUCACACCCAUAAAUGAGUCCUUGUUGAGAGAAAUCUUACGCUUUGUGGAACAGUUCAGCUCCCGACACCCGCUGGAGGCAGAGCAUGUGUUUGAGGAGCCACUCCGGUGGACUACCACUUUAGUGGCAUCUGAUUUCAAAACAGGCUAUGACAUCAGUGACUCAGAAGUACAGUCCAAUGAGAAAGACAGUCAAGGGCGUCCACUGUUGCAUUUCUCUCCUACUGUUGUUUAUGUAUGCAACUUCAGCCAAAUCACUAAACUGCUUCAUCUGGCAGAUAAUACGAAGCUGGAGGAGGUUCGAGCAUGUCUAGAAGAAAAUAGAGGCCUUGUGGGGAAGAUUCUUGGGCCCAGCUUUGCUGGCAUUUUGGAGAGAGAAGACGCCCAUUCAGACGUACUAAACCUGGUGGACAAGAUGAAGGAGGAAGGUCAAGGAAGCGCCUUAGAAGUCAAGGUGAAACUCUUCCUACUGCUGCAAAAUUUGGAUGACCAACUCCUUGACAACUGCCUCAAACAAAUAUCUGAACAAGUCAGCCUCGAUCCCACCACAGUGAAGACAGAAGUGGAGCUGCUGAGACGUUUCUGCAGUGAAGGGGAAAAGAGAGUGUUGAAGUCACUUCGAUACACAUCAGAUUAUGAAUUUUCUAAUGGCUGCCGAGCCCCUCCAUGGAGGCAGGUGCUCGGUGAAAUUUGUUAUCUUGUGAUCGAGCCCUGUGACACUGAGACUCUCUACAUCACAUGCAGCACUGCUGGAGUUUUUCUCAAUGGGGCCAUAAAACAGGAGGGGGAGGAGAAUGGCUACACGCAAACAAGUGAUAUCUACAAAGACCUGGUCUCUCUUCUGAAGAGCCGAUCUCCACAUUUUGCUGAGAACAUAAACAAGAAGGAUUUUGCAGCUCAAGAACUUCCAUCAACACAAAAGAUCCCGCAUGUGGAAUCGGUUGAUGCGGAGGAACAAGGCCAACCCCAGAGGUCUUACGAGCAACAGGAAAAGAAUGUGCAUGAGAAGUGGAGACAACACGCGCCGUACAAGGCAGGCGGCAAGAAAAAAUACGAGCCAUGUCCGAGAUGGAGGAAUCUCGGCCUCAUUUCUCCAUGUGGCAAAGCAGAAGAAAAGAAAACCAGUAAGAGUCCCGGCAAUGAGAGGUCUGGGGAAAAGCUGAAGAAAAAGUCAGCACUGGGAGCCAAGAGCAAGAUGAAAGCAGAGUUGUCUGCGCCCUCUUUACCUGUCCUACGCCUGUCCUCCCAGAAGAAGAUUAAGACCCCAGCAGGAGCCAUGCAAGUGGACGUUUUCAGUGUGAGUUCAUCUGAGAGUGAGGAGGAGGAGGAGCAGCCAGAGCGGCGUCCAGAGAGCAACACAGACCUUCCGUCUGAAUACUGGCAGAUCCAGAAACUGGUCAAGUACCUCAAGGGAGGCGACCAGACAGCCACUGUGCUCACUCUGGUCCACAUGUUGGACUUAAACUUGAUGCAGGAGACGUGCCAACUGGCCAUCCGGGAUGUAGGUGGCCUCGAAGUCCUCCUUAACUUGCUGGAUACAAAUGAAGUCAGAUGCAAAAUUGGAUCUUUGAAAAUCCUGCGAAAGAUAAGUCACAAUGUGCAAAUCCGGCAAGCCAUUGUUGACAUGAGAGGCCUGCAGAGCAUCGUGAAGAUCCUGGACUCUCCAGUCAAAGACCUCAGGGCCUUAGCAGCUGAGACCAUCGCUUAUGUUGCCAGAUUCCGCAGGGCAAGAAGGACUGUCAGGCAAUAUGGCGGCAUCCAAAAACUGGUAAAACUGCUGGACUGUGCCCCGGAUUUAGCCAACCUGACUGUAAACCAGGAGAAGGAUGUGGAGGUGGCUCGCUGUGGGGCUCUGGCACUGUGGAGCUGCAGCAAGAGCACCAACAACAAGGUGGCCAUCAGUAAGGCCGAGGGCAUCCCUCUGCUGGGACGUCUGCUCAAGUCUCCACAUGAGAACAUGCUGAUUCCUGUGGUGGGCACACUGCAAGAGUGCGCCUCAGAGGAAAGCUACAGGGUUGCCAUUCAGUCUCUUGGAAUGAUCAAAGAUUUGGUCAAGAACCUAAGCAGUGACAAUGAUGAGCUACAGAUGCAUUGUGCCAGUGCAGUCUUUAAGUGUGCGGAGGACAAACAAACCCGUGACCUGGUGCGUAAGUAUAAAGGUCUACAACCACUGGUUUCACUGCUGAGCAAGGCAGACAACAAGCAGCUCCUGGCUGCUGUGACGGGGGCCAUCUGGAAGUGUUCCAUCAGUGUGGAGAAUGUGGCUAAGUUUCAGGAGUACAAAGCCCUGGAGACUCUGGUCAGACUGCUGACUGAUCAGCCAGAAGAGGUGCUGGUAAAUGUGGUUGGAGCAGUGGGAGAGUUUUCCCAGAUUCCUGCAAAUAGGGCCAUUAUUCGUAAGUGUGGAGGCAUCAAGUCCUUAGUGAACCUGCUCACUGGCACCAACCAGGAGCUGCUCGUGAAUGUAACCAAAGCAGUGGGUGCCUGUGCCACAGAUAUGGACAACAUGGCAAUCAUUGAUCAGCUCGAUGGAGUCCGCCUGGUGUGGUCCUUAUUGAAAAACCCCAGAGCAGAUGUUCAGUCUAGUGCAGCAUGGGCUCUUUGUCCCUGCAUAGAGAAUGCAAAGGAUGCAGGGGAAAUGGUGCGCUCCCUUGUCGGUGGGUUGGAACUGAUUGUUAAUUUGCUGAAGUCAACAAACAUUGAAGUGCUGGCAAGCAUCUGUGCUGCCAUCGCCAAAAUAGCCAAGGACAAGGAGAAUCUGGCAGUCCUUACGGAUCACGGGGUUGUCCCAUUGCUGGCCAAGUUGACUGACACAACUGAUGACAAGCUGCGUCGCCACCUGGCUGAGGCCAUCGGCCACUGCUGCAUGUGGGGUAGCAACAGGGCAGCUUUCGGUGAUGCUGGAGCAGUGCCCCCGCUUGUGCACUACCUUAAUUCUAAAGACACAGCAGUCCACCAGAGCACAGUGAUGGCCCUGUUCCAGCUGUCAAAGGACCCUAACAACUGCAUCAGCAUGCACCGGAACAGAGUGGUCAAGCCACUCAUCCACAUUAUGGGCUCUGAUGAUGAGACGCUCCAGGAAGCUGCUGCUGGCUGUGUGCUCAACAUCCGCCUGCUGGUCCAGGCUAACAGGGAGGAAAAGUCAUACUAUUGAUUAUGAAUGAUCACUGCAUGCCUGGUAAUCACGCUGACCUUAAUCACACAGCUGCCAUGUUCUGCUGACGUCACACUCUGGGUGGAAAGCACAAAUGCUGUUACAAUGUUGCAGUGCUGGGCUCAAGGUUUGCAGAUGUACCAAAUGUGAUAAAUCAUGUCAUAACUUCUCCAUUGAUUAUUCUGAAAAGACAAUGUUGGGUAAAUCAUGAGGAAAAGCAAGCCAUUUACAGUUAAAUCAACAUUUAUUAUACUCAUUUAAUUCAUUUGUUUACAUUAGCAACUCUGAAGAAGUAAACUUGGAUUCUCCAAACAAUAAAAUUGUCUUUUCCUAACUCCUGCUGAAUUCUCCUGACUCC